UGCUUGGGUGUGUGCUUCUCUAGGCCAGAAAGGAAGAAGUAGGGCAUGCAGAUAGUAUGGUGUGUGGCCAAAGGAAGGACAAAUGAAAAAGAGGAAUAGUUGAGCAAUAAUUGUUACAUCCCGAUAGAGCUAAAGGGGAAGACUGCAAAAGUUUAUGUGAGUUCACGGUAGAAUGAGACAGGAAAAACCAAGAAAUAAAUGCAUUAGAAGCACUGUCAGAGUGCCAGCAUUACACUGCACUUAAGAAAGAGAAAGUAACAGUGAGAGAGUGGAGUCUGAAAACAGCACAGAGGAGAGGCUGCUUCUACUUUGCUCUAAGCUUGUUCCUGAUCUUACUUGAAGGCUUCCUGUGUCAGCAACAUGGGAAAAUCAGCCUCAAAGCAGUUUGCUGAGGAGGUGCUGCGGUGCCACAACGACUACAGGAUGAAGCACCAGGCUCCUCCGCUAAAGUUGAGCAGCAAGUUGAGCAAAGAGGCUGCCCGCUAUGCUGAAAGUCUGGCCAGCACACGGAUCCUAAAACACAGCGUGGAGUCCAGUAGAGGGAGCUGUGGCGAAAACCUGGCUUGGGCCUCUUAUGACCAGACAGGUAAGGAUGUGGCAGACCGCUGGUAUGAUGAAGUGAAACAGUACAACUUCAACCGUCCCGGUUUCUCCUCUGGCACCGGCCAUUUCACAGCAAUGGUGUGGAAGAGCACUAAACAGCUGGGUGUCGGUAAAGCCACUGCAUCAGAUGGUUCUUCCUUUGUGGUGGCCAGAUACUACCCAGCAGGGAACAUCACCAACCAGGGACACUUUGAGAAUAAUGUCCUCCCAGCCAAAAGCAGCUCUUAAAGAGAUAUUGAUCUCCUGGCCUGACUCGGGCCAGAAAAGGUAUUUAUUCAGUUUUCCAGAAGAGAAGUUGCUGCUCGAACUGCUGUGGAGAACAUUGAGGUGAUAACCACUUUUUGCUGUACUACAAUUUUGGAUGAAUUUUGAUGAUACAAAGCAGGCUUUAAGUCCUAUGUUUAUAUUUUGGAAGGAACUGUGUGUGUUCAUAAUGAAAGAUUUACCACUGUUUGAUGUUUGCUAACAGUACAUUUCCACUGACCAUAGUGACUAAUCUUAUUUUAUAGUUGUUGGGGUUUUUCCCCCCAUGGCAUCAUUUUCCUUUUAAUACGAUCACAGACUGAAACAGACAUACUGUCCUUCACAUCUGCUUUUGAUGCUGCUUUUACAUGUGGGAGUUAAUUCAGUCAAAGGAACAGGCAAUACUCAUUAACAGUGGUCAUUGCUUGUAAUUUGAUGAUUCAUCUGGAUCAGUGUGCAGGCUUUUUUUUUUUUUAACAAAGCACCCAGUAAAUGUCAAAUGUAGGUAGAUCACCCACACUAGCAAGUAGAUAUUUGUACCAAAAAUGUUAUGCAACAGAACACUGCACUUUAGUGUCAGUGACACAUAUACAUAGUACGUAUUAUUUUCCCUUAUUUUUUUUAUAGUUGUGUUUAAGUUUAAAUGAUUAACCAGUGAUCAGUCAUUGUGCUCUUGCCUCUACUUGUCAAAACAGACCCAGCAUUUCCUCAUCUAUGCCUUGUAUUUUAACCACUUUUGGACAAUAAAAAAAAUCAUUUGGCA